CAAUCUCAAAAAACACGAAUCAGGUGGCUUGUUUGGACUUUUCGCCUGUGUGAAGUCGAUCAAUGCGAAUAUCGAUAAUUGUUUUCUAAGUAUCAUAUGACCAAAAACAAUGCUACAAUUCGGGUAUUUCCGUCGAGUGUAUCCACAAUUCCAGAGGAAUUGAUUCAACUAUUGUUAUAAUGGUUGAUAAGACGUAAGUAUAGUUACGCCUACUGUAUAUGAAGGUGAAUGUAGAACCCCUUGACAUGAUGAAGUGUCAGGGCUUGAAAGAUGGUAGACCCUGUGGAAGUGACCUUCAACCAGAUGUUGAAAUCUGUCCAGAAUGUGGAACAUGUGUACCAAAAGUUUCUGUUUUGGAAAAACCUAAAGACACUGUCGCCUGUCCAGGAACAGAUGACGAAAAUCCCUGCAACAACAAAGAACUUGUUCGGGGUAAAAAGUUUUGUGAUACUUGUGGAUGGAGAGUAAACCAGUCCAUAUUUGAGCCUGGGUCCAGGGUGUGUGGGGCCGACAGCCAGGGAACCAGAUGUACAGGAGUCAUCAGGAAACAGGAGACUACUUGUCCUAUCUGCAAACAAAUCCAAAACGAAUUUGCCCAACAAAGAAGUGAAACUCAGAAAACAAGUUUCCCCAAUCAGAUGAACUACAGCAACAGUGCGACAGUAACCGGGCAAACUGUUCAGGAUGAAACAAUACAAGAGAUACAAAGCCCCAAAGGAAAAGUAGAAAUAUCUCAACAGGUUGGCCAUGAUACCUCUUUAUUUCUAAGUUCUCUUAGUGGCUCAGGAAAUAUCCAGAUCAGAUCUUCAUCUUCUCAUGAUCCCAAGUACGCUAUACCACUUUCUCCUGGAAAUCAAUCACAGAGGCUACUAACGACACCUCAACGUGAUCAUGACACAACUUCUGCAAUAGAUUCCGCAGAAACCCUGAUACCAUUUAGCCAGGCACUGCAAGCUUCUUCUUUAUUUAAACUGAAUGAAAAACCAAAGGGUGCAGAGACAGUGUCUGCCACAUAUACAACCACAAAGAUGGAUGUUGAUGAAGAUCCUCAGACAGAAAACAGGGCUUCAGUCGGAGAAACAGAUACGGAGGAUAGCGAAGAUUCUAGCAGUGAUGGCAGCAGUGAAGGGACUGAUGAAAAACAACUUCACAACAGAGAAUUUCGAGCAGGAAAAAAAAGGAAAAUGGAUAGAAAAAAUUGCAAUGCCAGGAUCAAAAAGAAGAAAAAAAGAGAGAAAAAAAGAGAGAAAAGUGUUAAAAGUUCAUCAUCGAUAUCAGCUGAAAGUGGUCCAAAGAAAGCUGCCAAAGGUCCCAAGGAGAUGGAUGUUGAAAAAGAGAAUUCAACAGAAAAGGAUAAUUCUAUGAAGAACAACUCCUCAGGAUCCGCCUCCAGGGAACCUACUUCCAAAAAAGGAAAAAGUGAGGAAAGUCGUCCGGCAACAACAAGCAGCAAAAAUGUACAGGAGAUGGAUGUUGAAAAAGAGAAUUCAACAGAAAAGGAUAAUUCUAUGAAGAACAACUCCUCAGGAUCCGCCUCCAGGGAACCUACUUCCAAAAAAGGAAAAAGUGAGGAAAGUCGUCCGGCAACAACAAGCAGCAAAAAUGUACAGAUGACGUCUUUUCAGCAUGCAGCUGGGCAACAGAAUCUACCAACGGAUAUAAUGCCACCAAAGAGCAGUACUGGAAAUAGACCACCACAACAUGGUUAUCCAACAAGGAGCAGAUCUAGUGAUGUUGCUGUUGUGUUUAAGGCCAUUUUGUCACCGACCCUUUUAGAUGAUGUCAGGCGACCUGUUUGCAUUUUCAUUGAACAGUUUUCUACACAAUUGUUCCUUAUGGAGAAAUUGCAAACUCAUGAUGAUGGACUUGUGGAGUACAAGGGGACAGUGACUUUUCAACAACAAGAAACUCACAGAACAUAUUGGUACAAAUAUGGUAUCAUGAACCAGUAUGGACAUUUUAUCCCUGAAAACUUUUGUAAUCAUCAAAAUCGUCGGUUGAACACUCCAAACGCAAAGCGUAAUGCAGGCAUUUGGUACAGGUUUGAUGGAGUUGUAAAUGGUCAUCUAGAUGUACCUUGGUAUUCCCAAGUGGCGUCAGUAAUAUUAAAAAGACCUGAACACCAAUCCAUUUUGAAAGGAGAUGCAAAUAAAUCACUGCAAAUAUCUUUUGGGUACCUUAUGGAUGAAUUACAAACUGGACAUAUGAGUGGGGCUGAAAUUCUUGACCUAUAUGAAGACAUGAUCACUGGAUUAAACAGAGUGUACACCAAUGCUGCUGUUGUGUGGAGCAGCUAUGUUGACUUUGAACAUCAUGCUGAAAAGGUUAUCAAACCUCAGAUCCAACAGAUAUUGCAGCAAUUGCGGAAGGAAGUUCCUGAAGCUCCACAAAACUGUCUGAAGUAUGCAGUUAUUCUUACCUUAGUCCAUCUUAUCAUGAAAAAUGGACUUGGCUACCAUUCACCAUGGAAAGAUGAAGAGAAGGAAAUGGCAUCCAUAUGUGCUCUCUUUCAACUUCCUGUUUUAGAAAAAAAUGCCCUACAGAAGGAAGUUGACAAUGUGAAAGGCAGUUUUCAAGGAAAGUUGAGUGCUGUGACACAUUCAAUGCAGCAGAUGGUCAACUUUAUAGCUGGGAAAACCCAAGAUGUUGCAUGGCUCUCCUGUAUACCGAUGCUUCAUUUCCUGUGGGGUGAAAGCUUUCCAUUCGAAAUUCCUGAAAGACAAAUUGGACACAGAGACACUAAACCAGUUUGGUGGGGUGUCACAAAGUAUUCGAAAGCAAAUGACAAGUUCAAAGACAAGCCAAGAUGGAAUGAGGAACUUCAAGUUGUCAUUGACAAGAUGGCUCCAUUAUUUCAUGUGGACUAUCUUCUGCCAAGGACUUUGAUGACAGUUGUAAGAUUUGAAGACCUGGAAAAGAUUGUUUCAUUGCACUAUUUUGUGCCAGAUAUUUCCCUUGCAAAAGUCUACUUCACAUUGCAUACAAAGGGGUAUUUGAAUGAUGAAGAACACAAGGUUAUACAGAGUUGCUUGGAACAGAUCUUGGAGCAGAUUUCGGGGAUAAGUCAAUGCGACACUUUGUUUAGAAUAUACAAGGUUGGAAAAGAUGUCUUGGAAGAAGCCUUGCGGAAGAACAAGUCCCUUACCAUCUACAGAGCAGCAGGAGUUGUGCUACAGGCACUGGUUUUGUUCCAAAAUGCAAAGGACAAGGAAGAAAAGGAAAAGAGAGACAAACCAUCUGAACAGAUUCAUCUCCCUGUGUUUCAAAAAGUCGUAAAUGACAUUUUGAAAUUCUUGCAAUAUAAACAUUCUACUUUUUGUACUGGUACGGAUUGCAAGGAAAAUUUGAGGAUAUGGGAUUCCUUUCUGAAAAUUGACUUGCCCCCUGGAAAAAUGAGAGAAGAGUACAUAGAUGAAACAAGGAGCAAGCUCAAGAAAAUCAUUGCUGAGAAGACAAAUUGUGACAGUUUGCUUACGGUGUAUUGUGAAUGCGUGGAUAUUUAUGGCGAUGAUGUUCAAGAUAUUCUGUCUGAGAUUGCAUUUAAGGUAUUGGACAAAGGAUCAACAAUGACAGGUUAUCACUCAGACACAGUGGCCAAUGGUCGGUACAGAAAACUUUUGUCUGAUGUGCUGGAGAAACAAUGGACAAAGCUGAACAAUGAGGAACUAUUUGCCCAUGCAUUGAAUUGGCCACCCUUCAGACACUUUGUGGAAAUGUUCUAUGUUACUGACAAGUCUGACCAUUUGAGUGAAGACUGUAACAUAAAAUUCACGCAAGCUGUGUCAGCCAUUCUGGACAAAAUGGAACGGCUAAAGGAUGGCACAAUCUUGGUGGAGGAUUUGCAUGUCAUUGCAAAAAACUUUGACAUGUUUGAAAGACUGGUGAAAAUAAUGUUUGAGAAAGACAAGAAAACAAUUGGUGACACGUACAUCAGACAAAUGGUGGACCUCAGAUACAAGGAACUAAAGGCAUUCAAAAAAGCGUCUGAACAUGUGGCUGUGUUUUUAAACAUGUGCAGCAGAAUUGAAGUUGAUUGCAAAACACUUUUAACAAUCCAGGAGGACCUGAAAAGAGUAGAGUGUUUGCCAUUGGUACAGCUGUGUAAGCCAAGAAAACUGGAGGAAAUAGCUCACCUUGAUCAGUACCAACCAGAAGUGACUGUCUUUGGGUUAGAUAUGGAUAUCAUGAAUCUGAUACCACAUAUGGGGCACUGCCUACAAAGUAAUGUGUUUACUGUCAUGUGGGACAAAACUGGACAGAGGGCAACCAAACAGAAAACUGGAUCAUUGACAAUUGACGAAAUGUUGAAACUGGUGUGGCAGCCCACCAAGAAUUGGUGGAACAGAGUCACUAAAAAUCUCCAAGAUGGAUCCAUGAAAUUUGAUGAAUUUAAAGAUGUAUUUGGAGAUAUGGAUUAUCAAAGACUGGGAAAGGAAUUUUCCUUGAUGGAGGAAAAUGGACUCUGGAUACAGGAACGUAUGGAUCAGAUCCAGCUUUUCAGAGAUCUCGCAAACUCUGUAAAAGGAGCAGAGAUCAUAUUGAAGGUGGUGGACAAGUAUGACCUGAAGGGAGACUUUACACCUAUCCAGCUGAUCACAUCUGUCAUGAGUGGAACAAACAUAGCCAUGAAUACCCUGGACCAAUCCCUGGAGCAGACCUGUGCUGUCCUCAGGGGUGUAGACGAACGCCAUAUUGAGUGUCUGAAAGAGUUCAUCAAAUGUGAACCACUUAUACUCUGGUUGAAGGAGUCGAUGCCAUCUGGUUUGAAGGAACUGAAAGUGUUUGUGGAUUUGGCAAGUAUCUCUGCUGGAGAAGGAGAUAUAGAGAUUGCCAAGGUGCGGUGUUUACACUCCGCCACCACGGGAUACGCUCCACUCAUCUUCAACCUCACAGAUGACAUAGGCUAUAAAGAUUUCCUGAAGAAAUGUAAGAUGGUGUGGAAAGAACUGGACGCUGAUCCCAACCUCCCUAAGAAGUUGCAUGAUACCAACAGAAAAAUUGAGUGGCUCAAGACUGUGAAAAAAGCUCAUGGUUCUGUUGAAGUUACCUCCCUUGCACAAACCGAGGCAAUAAACACUGCCGGGUUUUAUCGAGUUGGUCGUUUGGGAAAUCAGGAAUGGGAACAAAAACCUGAACUGAAAGAUGUGAUCAGCCUACAUGUGUCAGAAGAUGAGAAUGGAGCGAGACAGAGAAAACUCUACCACUACGAUCUUCUUCAUGACCUACAGAGUCGGCUCAUGUUGGUGGCUGGCAAGGCAGAGAAGGGUAAAGAAGACGUAGAUCGUUUCACAAUGAUUUUGGACUCAACUGUACGACUUGCCAACAUCUAUAUCAAGCUUGUGUCAUCAGGAUGUGUGUUAUUCUCAGAAUGGAAAGCAACAUUCUUAUGUGACAGAAAACGACCUGCUUGUGCCUUCAUAACCUUUGAAAAAGGAAAUAAAGUUCCAGUCUUAAAAGGACGCAAAGCCACAGAAGAUGAUGAUGUCAGCUCAAUCGUUCCACAAAUUGCUAAAUUCAUGGAGAAAUGCUAUGAGGAAUGGCUGAAGUACAUUGCAGACAAGAGAGAUGAAUACUAUGAACUGAACUAUCUGACCAUCGACCAGAUGGUCAUCCUUCAGAGAGAGCUUGUGAAGGUUGGGACGGACGAGGAACCGUCCAAGUUGAUCUUCCCCCUGCUGUCGGGGAUAAAGAAGGACUGCAGUAUGUCCGAUCUUAUUUCUGCCAUGAAGGCUGCCCAGAGAGAGGUGGAAAGUAUGGAUGAAGAUGAGGAUGAAGAAAUGCCAGAAAUUUCCUCUGUGGUAGAGAUGGGGGAAAAAGAGAAAGAACUUAUCUUCAUCAAAGAAGUGAUGAAAAUUGGUUACUCAGAAGCACUAGCUAGGAAUGCUUUAUGUCAUUUUAAGACAGAUGAAAUUGACGAUGCUCUGUUGUGGUGCAUGGACAAUGAAGAUGAAAUGGACACAGAAAGUGCCGUGGAUGAGGGAACGGAUAAAGGGGAGGCCAAUCCCCAGACUGUAGAAUACAAGGGCUGGACUAAUACAGAUAAAUCCAUUUCAAAUGUCACUUCAGAGAUUCUCGGAACCCUCAGCAACAUUAAUAAAGAAGUGAAUGUUGAUCCUCUCAUAGAAGACCUUAAGAAACUGUGGGAAAAAUUUCUGACUUCCAUUUCAUCCAGUGUUUCUGACUACCUCAGUGUGGAGCACCUUGGCCUGAUCCUGAGACAUCUCAAAGAAAAGGACACAUUUAGUGUCAAUAGAGAUUUCAUCCCGGGAUUUGAACAGGAGGUUCCAAACUUGAUUCUUUGUCCCCAGAAUGAUAUUCUCAACACUGUAUUGACCAUCUACAUGAAUGACGGACAACAACCAUUACCACAACCUGAUGAAGUCCUCAUCUGCUCCAGUCAUACAACACUAGACCAGUUGGAUAUAUUCUGGAGACGUGCUGUUUUCAACCAAAGUGGUAAAAUCUAUUGCCUGGCCAACUCUGACCUUUUAGACUACGAAGUCAGUGACAAGGGGGAACAAUGUCUGAAGAGACACAUGCAAACAGCAAAAGAAAAGGGUAUCAAGUACAAGUUGGUGGUACUGUGCAGCACAGAAAAUGAAUACAAAUCAAGAAUUGUUGCUGCCUUGGAGAGGUUCCGUAGACCACAACUUCCUGUUGCCAAUCAACAGUUGAUCCAAAGCUUCCUGAAGGAGAAACUGAAAGUAGACAAAGCAGAUGUGAAAAUUAACCCGGCAUCUUUGGUGGAUUUUGGACGGUCGACAGUGCGAGUGGUGAAGUCAUUGAGAGCUGGAGUAGGAAAAUCUUUGUACAAGACAAGGAGAGCACAAGACCUGGAGGAUGUGUACCCUACCAACAAGAGGACGACUGGAGCCGUGGUGUCUAUUCCUCUCCAUGAAAAGGAGAUUGAUGUGGACACAAUCAUGGCCAGAUUGCUGAAGUGUACACUACCAGCCGGACAGUUAGAGCCAAGAAUCUUCCACAUUGACAUUUCAUAUGAGGUAUACAUAGGUGUGGAUGCCUUCCUGUUCCAACUGUUGGUCCUCGGCUGUCUCGUCAACAGUGCAGGCUACGUGUGGAUCAAGUCUCCAUCUGACCACUAUCUAGUGGAGGCCAUGCCCCUUCUCACUACAGAUCAUUCUAAACAGAGAGGCGAACAAAUCUGUUUCCAUCGGUGUUUUGAUAUCCUCCCUGAUGUCACCUGUCGCUCCCCAGAGGAAAGCUGCAAUAUUCUACAGGGAAGGAAGCCAGUUGAUUAUGCAGAUAGUGAUCUAUUGUUUGAUAAACAAGAAUUUAAGAGCCCUGUAUUCCAGCGACCCUAUCAGUACCUACGGCGCCUGGAUGAAAGUAGAGACCUAGCUGAACCAGGAGGGAACCAGAUUAACUGUCUCCAGACGUUUUUAAGACACUGUGGCGUGCCUGACCCUUCAUGGGCAGAGCUGAAACACUUUGUAUGUUUCCUAAACUCACAACUACAGGACUUUGAGGUUUCUGCCUUCUGUGGUGCAGCGGCCAAGGAAGACUUGCCAGGAUUUGACAAAUUUGUGUUGAAAUUCCUCAUCCAAAUGUCAAGGGAUUUUGCAACAAGGUCACUAGUGAUGAGUGAAGAAUCCCCUAUCCAGAGGAUGCAGAGAAUGGCCGUUGUAGAUGAAGAGACAGGAGGAGCUGGAGAGGAGAACAUCAUCAAACAGUUCCAGAUGAGGAGGACAUGGGAGAGUAGCCCCCAUCCCUAUCUCUUCUUUAACCCUGAUCAGCACUCAAUGACAUUUGUGGGGUUCAAGAUCCAGAGAGCGACAGGUGACAUGCUGGACCAACAAACUGGGGCCGUUCUGGAGCGGCACAUAAUGCAAAAGGAACUCCAGGACAGUCUCAUCAGAAACAAAGUUAACAUUGAUGAGAACUUUGAUGGUCUGCAAAGACAUGAGAAGAUUUUGAAACUAUGCAGUGUGAUGGGAAUGGAGAUGCCUCAUGAUCCAGAUGAUACAUAUGAACUGACCACAGACAACGUGAAGAAAAUCAUGGCCAUCUACAUGAGGUUUAAAUGUGAUAUCCCUGUCAUCAUCAUGGGGGAGACUGGAUGUGGUAAAACUCGUCUAGUCAAGUUUAUGUGUGAGCUUCAGUGUCCCCCGGGGGUGGACCUCAAAAACAUGAUCCUCAUGAAGGUCCAUGGAGGAACAAAAACCAAGGAUAUCAUAAAGAAAGUGGAGGAAGCAGAGAACAUCGCCAGAGAAAAUGCAGACAAAUAUGGACAACACAUCCAAACUGUUCUGUUCUUUGAUGAAGCUAACACCACAGAAGCCAUUGGUCUGAUCAAGGAGAUCAUGUGUGACCGUACCAUCGGGGGCAAUCAACUGAAACUGUGUCGCAGUCUGAAGAUCAUUGCAGCCUGCAACCCGUACAGAAAGCACUCUGAUGAGCUGAUAAAACGCCUAGAGCAGGCAGGUCUGGGAUACCAUGUUGAUGCUGAAAAAACAACAGACACAUUAGGCCGUGUACCACUGCGGCGCCUUGUUUACCGUGUCCAGCCCCUACCCCAGAGUCUACUGCCCCUGGUCUGGGACUUUGGACAGCUGGACACGCGGAUAGAGGAACUCUACAUCAGGCAGAUGGUGCUACGAUAUAUCCGUGCUGACAAGCUUCCUCGCAUUGACAACCUGGAAAAUGUUGUCAGCGUAAUUCUGACAGCUUCACAAGAAUUCAUGAGGAAGCAGAAGGAUGAGUGUAGCUUUGUAAGCUUACGAGACGUGGAGAGGGUACUUGAAGUGAUGAGCUGGUUUUACAACCAGAGUCAGGGAGACUCUGCCCUGUUUGACUUGUUAAAUAAGAGCUCAGAAGAAAAUUCAGAUGAAGAUGAGAUGGAAGAUGAUGAACAAAACCAAUCGCAGGAUAUCAGUGACAUAGCAAGGUCAUUGCUGUUGGCUUUAGGAGUAUGUUACCAUGCCUGUCUGAAAAAAAGGGAGGAAUACAGGAAGGCUGUGGCACCCCUCUUUACUCCUCCAUGCCAAAUACCAGGUGCCCACCCGGCUCAGCAAAUGUUGGAAGAAAUAGAAAGAUGUCAAGAUGCAUUUUUAACAAAUGUAGAGCUUGGAAAGAAUAUAGCACACAAUCAAGCACUGAAGGAAAACGUGUUCAUGAUGGUGACUUGUAUAGAACUGAGGAUACCAUUGUUCCUGGUCGGCAAACCGGGGAGUUCUAAAUCACUGGCGAAAACUGUCGUGGGUAAUGCCAUGCAAGGACAUGCAGCGCACACGGACCUCUUCCGUGGCUACAAGGAGGUCCAAAUGAUGUCAUAUCAGUGCAGUCCGCUGUCUACCCCCCAAGGUAUUUCUGGAAUGUUCCGACAGUGUGCCCAGUUCCAGAGAGAUAAGGACCUGAGCAGGUUUGUGUCUGUUGUUGUCCUGGAUGAGGUCGGCCUAGCAGAGGACUCGCCACGUAUGCCCCUCAAGACGUUACAUCCACUCCUGGAGGACGGCUGUGAAGGGGAUGAGAAACCAGAGCCUUUUAAGAAGGUAGCAUUCAUUGGUAUCUCCAACUGGGCCCUGGAUCCAGCCAAGAUGAACAGAGGAAUUUUAGUUCAGAGGGAAGUUCCUGAACUGGAGGAGCUCACCCUCAGUGCGAAAGGUAUUUGCCAAACCAACAGAGAUGUUUACAAACUGAUCGAGCCACUUAUUCCUCAAAUGGCCAAAGCCUAUUUAGAGCUCUUCGAAAGUGCCUUGAAAAUGAGGGAGUUUUUUGGACUGAGAGACUUUUACAGUUUGUUGAAAAUGGUGUAUGCCUUUGCUGACCAAAAGAAGGAAAUACCAACAUGGCACCAGAUGCAGCAUGCCAUCAUGCGUAACUUUGGAGGAAUGGAUGAUAUCGACCCUGUUAGUGUGUUUGAGCAGGUUCUAACUACAGUCGACAUCACAAAAAAGAGAACUAAUUCUGACCCUGACUGUUCACCAGCUGGUCUGAUCCAGGCCUGUCUGACAGGUGUCACAAUAGACAGCGAAAGUCGAUACCUGCUGUUGUUGACUGAAAACUAUGGAGCUCUGACAAUUCUACAGCAGGAGAUCUUAAAGAAACAGAAAGCCAUUACCAUAUUUGGUAGCAGCUUCCCUAGUGACCAGGAAUAUACACAGGUGUGUAGGAACAUCAAUCGCAUCAAGGUGUGUAUGGAGACAGGCAACACGGUGGUCCUACUUAACCUGGAAAACCUUUACGAGAGUCUGUACGACGCUCUCAACCAGUAUUACGUGGAGUUUGGGGGUGAGCGAUAUGUGGACUUGGGACUGGGGACACACAGAGUAAAGUGCAGGGUCCAUAAAGACUUCAGACUUAUAGUGGUUGCUGAGAAACAAGUUGUGUAUGACAAGUUCCCCAUCCCUCUCAUCAACCGACUGGAGAAGCAUUUCCUAAACGUGUCCACCAUGUUGACAGAGCAGCAGCUGGAAUUAGCAGAGAGGCUAGAAAAAUGGGCCAAAGACUUUGUCAACUGUCAGGGAAACAUAACAAGUUACUUCCAAAGAAUGAAGAAAGAGGAGUUUUCUGUAGGAGAUGUUUUUAUGGGUUACCAUGCCGAUAGCUGUGCUGCCAUUGUGCUUCAUAUGUACCAACAACACUACAGGGAGGGACAAGUCAACAAUGAACAGGUGUAUGACUCGGCCAAGAGAGUGUUGCUGUGGUGUGCUACACCAGAUGCGGUGAUGAGAUUGCCUACAACACCCAUAGCUGAAGAAGAAGCUAGCUUGAGUGAGAUUUACUGGCAGGAACAGCAGCACCAGUGUCUGUCCGAUUACCUCUACCAGAAAAUCAGGCAGGAGAAUAGCGACAGCCAUUUUGCUCAGGUUACAACCCACUCUAAGCUGAUCACCAGUGUGGACCUAGAAGAACUGUCAUGCAAGCUGGGGAUCCCAGUAGACAACAUGGUAUUACUGAACCUACAGUCAUUUGAUACUGAGCAGCAGUUCUGUAGACAGGUCAGGGUGUAUUUUGGAAGAGAGGAGGAUGAGAUGUUAUUGAUAGUCCAGAGCGACUGUGGAGAUCAAAAUGCCAGUCUCGUGGCCUGUGCCCGGUACUGUAUUCAGGAUGAACUACAGCAGCUGGGUUAUCAGAUCAAGGCGAACAUACAUGCCAUCUUCAUCAUACAGUUGCCAAGGAUAGCAGGGGGCUGUUUUAGUGGAUUUCAGUGUGGGCAUUGGCAUUCCCUCCACAUUGAUGACAUUCGACCCGAGGGUGAUACGUUGAGGAUGUCAGAAAUGCAAGGAAAGUCUCUGGGAAUGUUGGUACAUCAUGCUGUCGGUGAGGAAACUGGGCAAUCUACUGAAAUUUCCAUGGAAACAGAUACCCCAGUAGAGCAAGAUGGCCGACAAACAGAUAUGGAUGUGGAUGAAGAAGACAUCCAACUGGACUUUAACAAUAUGAGUGGAUUCCCGUCCAACCCAGCUCACUCUCAUAAACUUCCUGUAGAAAACCUGGUACUGAGCUGUAUCCAGGCUGCCUCUGCAAUGGUCAAGGACACAAAGAUGGACACAGCGAGGUCAACAGAAAGGGUCAGACAGCUUUUGGAUCUACGACACUAUGGUCAAACUAAUCUGGUGUCCCACAACCUUGUGAAGGGCAUAUGCAAACAUCUGGAUGUCUUACUGACUGAGAAAGAGAAAUCUCUUGUCAACCCUGGGGACUGGCUAGCAACAGAGGCAGCCAAAGCUGAGGUCAUCAACACAGCAGGAACAUUCAGACGAGCAAGGACCCAGUGUAUGGAGACCAAGGUGACCCCAAUACUGACAGGGAUCAUUGCCUUUAUGGAUACAAACAGGAACCUGGAUAGUCUGUACCGGGCCACAGAUGGGGACUGGGUCCAGCAACUGUGGCUGGGUGUUAUCAAUUGUACCAAGGCUACAGGCCUACAGUACUCCCAGCUGGUGUCGCCUGGGCAUGCCCAGCAGGAACUUCCUGAGGUGGUGGUCCGACACACCGGGACAGAUGGACACCUGUUUACUGCCCAGAUGCCUUUCUCUUGGCUCUACUUCAGGCUUAUUGAGAACUUGUUGAACACUACAAUGAAUAAUACACCUGAAGCAGAAGGCUUAGAAGUAGCACACACAAUUCAAGAUAUUCUGAACAGUCGACCGAUAGGCAUCAUGCUCCAGCCCAUCAUUAACAAAGACAGACCACAUGUCCUGAAGGCGUACAUCAAUGACUUCGUCCACAUGAUCUACCAGGUGUCGUCUCGACAGGAACACCAGCUUGUGUGUGAAAGUGUCAGUAAUGGAGCUGCUUCCAUCCUCCAACACCAGGCUGGUGAUGGGGUAGCCAUGUUGGUAGCCAUCCACUUGACAUAUCACCAGAAUAUCAGCAGGCUCCGCAACUUCUCCAGCCUCAACCGAGUGUGGCCAGAGUGUAGUGAGACCAUUACAGAUUUUCAGAAAAGCAGCCCUAACUUCUUCCUCUGCUCUGAUGAAGAAAUGACCCUAGAUGUAAUGGGCUUACGUCUACUACUUGAGAAAUUGGAGCCUGAGAAAGAGACACUGAACAAAGUAGCAAGUCGUGCGGAGUGGUUAAAGAGAGUACGACACUACCGGCCAGUCGUGGAGAGAUUGCUCGAUAUGGUUCGUCCUGGAUAUGACCCAAAGAUGGCUCAGUGUGGUCCCCGCUGUGUCAAGGGCAUUGGGGAUGCAAGGUUAAAGUGGACAGCUGUUCUGGUUGUUAAGCUGUUCAUAGAACAUGUCUGCUCAAUGCUUGGCAGUAACCAAUUUACCAUCAACAGAAUCAUGCCUUUAUGGGCUAUGAUGAAUAACGGUGCAGGUGCAGAUAUGAAAACUCUUGAUUCACUUGAAAAGGUUGAAAAGUUUUUGAAGAUGUGUAACAAAACAGCUGUGUCACACUACUUUCACAUAAACAAAAACGCCACUUGUAGACACUGUGAGAAACAGCUUGAAGGACCACCAAUUGUCCUGCCCUGUGAAGACAAAAUCUGCUCAAAGUGUUAUAAUGACAUCAUAAUUACCAAGGAACUGAAAUGUCCUGUUUGUCAGAAGGAAAUACCAGAUGACUUUAGUCCCGAAAUGGAACACCAUAAAACUGAGGAGAACAAGAAGUACUUUGAGUACAAGAAGAGGAUCAACAGUUUCUUCAUGGAGGUCGUAUCCCAACUGUGUUUUGCUGACGACACACCUCCAUCUGAUGACAUAGUGCAGAAACUUCUCAGUUACAUCACAAGGUCAACUGACAAGGGCAAGGUCGUUACCAAGGAGAUGACAAUAUUUGAUGACAGUAUUGACCCUACACCUGUCCUCAGAUCAUUUCUGCUGCAGCUUCUCCUGAGGACAAGUGGAAACCAAGUGAAUGACUAUCUAUCUCAAUACCUGGUACAGGCAAAACAGUUUGUGAAGGAGAAGGAACAUGAAGAGCAGUCUCAGCUCACAGAACUCUAUCUCCUGAUCCUCCAAUGUGUUGAGGAUGUAUACCACCAGGAUGUUUCCAGAAGUGCGACACCAGAGAAAGACGAAGUACAAAUGGCUACAAAACAACUGAAAAAUGCUCUUAAUUUUAUAGCACUAGAGGAACUAAAUAUAGAAAAGCUCUAUGCUCUGGCAGAGACACGGUUUGCUCUGUGUGUGGUAGCAAAAUAUGUACAGAAAAUCUUUGUGGACAAAUCUGUUGAGAUGACUAAACCGUUGAGACAGAUGAUUGAUACAGCAGCUAAACUGUGUGAAGAAUGUGACUCCAAAUGGCCAUGUAUAUUCUUUAUCAAGCAGCUGUGUCGUUGCUAUGGACUCGACAGUUACCAGUCGGUGUGUAAAUCUGGAGACGCUUACAUGAGACGAUGGCUUCAGAUGCUGGAUCUUAACAGAGAGACGAACCUUGAGUGCUCUGACCUGUACGUGGUAUGUGGGGAACAGUACAUCACCUGUCGUGAGAUGAUCACUAAAUGUUUACUGGGCCAGGAUCCUGACAACCUUAUACAACAGCUUCAGGGUUUAAGAAAUAUGGAUUGGAAGAAGAGAGUGACUUUAUUGUUGGCAGUGUACAGAGAAGUCACCAUGUCCUAUGUCUACACAGAGGACAGUAGGAAAACACAACCAGAGACUAUUGAAAGUCUCAUGAAAGCCAUGGCAGGCCAUCAGCUUUUCAGAGGACAGGAGAAACUCCUUACAGCGUUGUUCCAAAACACAAUGUGGCAACAAAUUGAACAGUUCAACAUCCACCCAGGAAUGGAGCAGCGCGACCAGAGCAUUGUGUGUCUGCUUGCCCACGCAGGGAUCACCUUCCUACAGGUUCCAGAAGACAACACUCUGUUACAGCCUCUUAUUACACUGGCCCUCCUACCACAGAACAUGGCGACCUCUUUCUUACCCACUAUGCCACAAGAUGAUAUCACUGAAGUCCAAGAGGCUCUCCUAGCUGCCAGGAAUGGCAACGAAAAUCCUGUCAUUUAUCGUUGUCCUAGAGGUCAUCGUUAUGUUAUUGGGGAUUGUGGACGACCAGACGCUGUUUCAAAAUGUAGGGAAUGCGGUGAUCAGAUAGGAGGUCAAAGUCAUACACCUCUCCCUGGUAAUGUAAAAGAUGAUGGGAUAGACCAAACCCAACCUGGCCACAUUCUGGGUCGGGCUGACCAGAGGACAAAUGUUGUUGGUGUCGAGAGGAAGAUGUCCCAGAUCACCUGCGCAAUACUGAGGCUCCUUACCCAUGUCGCAAUGCUGUUGGGCACCAACCAAAAUGUUUCGGUGAUUGGUAGGAUGAUCAAACCAAACAUUCCCGAUGAGAGAGUUGUGGAAUUCCUGCUAAACCACAUCAAACUGGACAUCUCCAGUCUACAACGAGUGACUGGGCGGAGUGUGGAUGAUGUUCUACUGCUGAUACACAAGGUCCUGUCUAGUGUCACAGAGACCUACAACAAUGGAAGAGCAUUUGAACCUGCUGUAUGUAGCCUGGUCACCAAGAAAGCUAGAAACCAUUGGGAGGAGAUGUUCAGCGAACAUUGUCUGUUUCCACUGUUACAGGAUUUUGAAGGGACCAUGAAAUCUUGCAAUGCACAGCUAAUUGAAGACAAGAGAUUGGGAUCAGAUCCCCUGCUUUGCCUCCUGUUCGAGAUAGACACGCCCCAGCACCAAGUUUCCGCUGUGGCCCUACAGGAAGUGGCGUCAGUGUGGAGGUUUCGGUCACGAAUCUCAAUGGAUCACCUCACCACUGUCUUCCAGACAAAGAUGGGCAGGGAGCAUCAAAUCCUCAAGCUAUUUCUGGAGGAGGAUUGUCACCUGCGAGCUGUUCGCCUCAUCCCUAGCAUUUUGCGCCUCCAGAGAAUGUUGAUUCACAAAUACCAGAUGAAGCUGGACAGUGCUGAAGCCAGAGUCUUCACUGUGGAGAGGGUUCAACGGAACUUCAAGGAAGAUGGCAAAGAAGACGAGGUGAAACAGCUGAUACAAGAUUUUGCGGAGGCCUGGAAUUGUGUCCGACAGGCUCUGGAACAUUUCACAUAUUCAACAUCUGGUUGCAUCGCUGUAGUGUCCAAGGAGUUCUGCUCCAAACAGAUUACCGACAGUACACCAAUCUCUAUGUUACUACCAACAAAGAAGGAUGCUGGUCUCUGUUCCUACAUACUGGUAUACUUCCUCUUAAAGAAACAGAAUGAGUUUCUAGAGAAAUACUGCCGAUGCAAGACACUGAAUGCAUCAGACCUGCAAAAGGUCAAAGUUCACAAUCUGAGUCCUGCCCACCUGAUCAGCUACCAUCCAGACCGAGACAUUCUCCCAAUCGUCCUCGCCAACUGUAACUACUCGUUUGAGGUUGGCAAGGGUACCAAGAUUGAGUACGACUUUGGAAACAUUGAGAGACAACUGGGAGACCGAUUCUUGUUUGCAAAAUCAUACAUUGAUAUAGAUGAGAUUGAUGUGAUGACCUACAGGUCAGAGGUCACCAAUGCAGUUGUUUUCAAAACUUUGAGAGAAAAAAUACCGCAGAUACAGCUGGGGUCUGCGGUGCGACACCAGAUCUGCCAGGAGUUACGGAGUCUGCCUGACAUCUGUGACUGUCUGGACAAGCUAGACAUCACUAUCAGUUUCCUAAAGUCUGUUGGGGAGGACCAAACCCUCUCUCUAGACACCUUCAUGUCUCAGACCCUCAAACUGACACACCCAUUGGCCAGCCCCAAGUUCAAGGCAGUUUGUCAGUGUCAACAUGUACAAUGUCUGUGGCUGACUCUGGCUCAAGAAAAGACAAAGUGUCAAGCAAAGCAUAAAAAGGAUGUGUUUGACAGCCUUGGUGAUGAGUUCAGAAAGGAGUUGUCAGAACAACAGCAAGAUUAUCUCCAAUGUUUCUGUGACGGUCUGCAGACAGACAAGUUAGACUAUCUCAUGGAACUUCUGUUUGAGUGUAUCAUGUUGAUGAUCGCCAUUCCACAAAAUCAGGAUGAUGAGGACUACAUUGACAUACUUGGUCAAAGCCUUCAACAAAAUCUGGAGGGUUACUUAUACAGCCCCAUGUAUGAUGAGGAUUCUCAAAUCCCUGACUGGAUGAUGGAGACCGUUGCCAGACUGGACGGGGAAAAUGGGGAGAAACUACUGGUGUCACAGUGUGUCAAUGUGUGGCUCUUGUUGUUCCACGCCCACAGCAGGAAGGAGAGGGAGAGAAGUUACUAGGUGGAGGAGAAACUAUUUGUGUCACAGUGUGUCAAUGUGUGGCUCUUGUUCUUCCACGCCCACAGCAGGAAGGAGAGGGAGAGAAGUUACUAGGUGGAGGAGAAACUACUGGUGUCGCAAUGGGUCAAACUAUAUAUACUGUCAGUGAAUAAGAGUGAUUUUCCUUCUUCUUCCAAUAAUCUGCAUACCACCUCUGAUGUAUUGUCACAGGUGAUUAAAAGGAAUCUAUUCAAAAAUUGUAACAAAGAUUGAUAUGGUGGGUUUUUUUCUGGAACAGCCUUAGAAUAGUGAUAUAGGUUGAUUGGAUAUGGUCUAUUGCUGGGACAACCCAGUGAAGUGUUGUAUUCAUGAUAAGGAAGUGUAAAUGCCAUGGUUAUAUUUAUUGAUCACAUUCAAGCUUGUUUUUUAUGAUAAGCUACAUGUAAACAUGCAUUAGUAAAUAUAUGUUUUAGUAAUUGAAUUCAUUAGACAAUACUUAACUUACAUAUUCAUAAAUGAUAUACUGCUUUAAAUUAAUUGUGAAAAGACUUAUGUAGCACAACCAAUACAUAUUUAUAUGUGACAUUUUGAUGAAUAGUAUGGUAUGUACUCUAUCACCUCGAUCAGACAAAUGACUAUGUGAAGCGUAUCUACACAAAUGUGUAAAAUAUGUUUUUGGUUGUGCUACAUGAAUCUUUUAAUUCAGAAUCCAUACUUACCAACCUUAAAAUGUUCAGAAAUAUGCUUUAAAUUGAUUAUCAAUUCUUCUUAUACAGAUUUUUUUCUAUUGUUUUCUCACUAAUCCCCCAUUACAACUAACAUAUAAUUGCAUGUGAGUGAAGCUUAGCAUUUACAAUGUGGUUAAGCUUCAUAACAAGCAGCUUCUCCAGUUGUUGAGGUUAUACUAACUGUUUAAUGAUAUAAUGUUGUACAAGUUAUUUGAACAUCUUUUGUUGAGUGUGUGUUUCUAUGAUGUAUGUGUAUAUUCUAUAAGUUUGUUCCAUAGAAUAAUGCUAAAUUGUUUAGAGCAAAGACUAAUUUAGAUACAUUUCUUUUUCAUGAAUAUUUAACCAGAGUAAGCUGUCUAGAAAUUCAAUAUAUGAUGCCUCUAUGUUUUGUGACAAUUUGUUUAAUCUAUAUAUCUAACAACUACUGUAAUUAUACCAUGUAUUGCAUUACACUGGGAAAGAAUUAUUGCAGCUAACAUGUCAAGGUUUUCCAAUCAGUGCUUUGUUGGCUAAGCUCUAGAUUCACUGUCACAAUUGAUAUUAUACAACCUGGAGUGAUUUUGUGUAUAAACGUAUCAACUACUACAGUUAAUUUAUCAAGAAGCUCCAUUCCAUCACAGCUAAAGUGACAUGGCAGUCAUUGAUUUUAUGAUACUUUUCCAUAGGACUCUUUUAGAGCUUUUGAAAUCGUUCAUUGUAAUUGUCUUAGAAUACAAAUUAUGCUUGUACAACAUUUUAUGUAAUGUUUCAUACUGAUGUAAAACUGCAUAUAAUAUCCAUUUAUUGUGCUGAUCAUGUUUUUACCAGUAUUCUAAUAUUUCGGCAUACAAUGUUUUUUGUUUAUCUUGUUCCACACAAAUAGCAGAAAGGAAGAGAAGAAGAGGUACAUGAAGUUAAGAAGGAGAGAUUCUGGGUAUCACAGUGGGUCAACAUGUGUCUCUAUCGUCAGGUUCCAAACCACACUAAGAAGUAAAAGGACUGAAGUACCCAGUAUAGGGCUCACAUGUCAACAUAUGGCUCCUCAUGCCUUCAGCAAAAAACGUUUGUUUUGUUUGGAUGAAAUUAUGUGUUAUGUUUUAUUUGAAUAAUAAAUAAAUGAUGUAAUGUACCAUGCAGACAAGUAUUGUAUUUCAUUUAGUGAUACUAAUUAUGAGGUUUCACACCAAGAAAUUAAGUGUAUUAUACUUUUUAUGUGAUUAUAUACAAUUCACAUUCAUGUUUUAUGUUUAUUGUUCUGUUUAUUGUAUUUACUUGUAAUAGCUUUUAAUAUAAAAACAUGUGAUAUGCUCUGUAGGUAAUUAUAAUUAUGCAUUCUGUAUGUAAUUAUAAUUUGGGGGUGGUCGGGUGGUGCAGUGGAUAGCGCACCCGUCUUUCACCAAUUGUUUUAAAUAAAUAAAGUUCAUAUUUUAGUUAUGCAUUGGAUAGAUUUUGUGUGUAAUAUAACUUUUGUGAAAUAAUUUCUACAUGCGGUAUAUGUGCGUGAAUGAAGAAAACAUGCUAAAGUAUGUUUGAAGAAACAGGUCAUAAAACAAUGCAGUUAAACCAUGGUUUACAGUUACGUUUGUAUAUGUUAUUAUACUGGGGUAAUUUUUAUUUGCAAGUUUGUGUAGCUUUUGGCUUUUUUGAAUGUUUUGCAUUAUUGAGUCUUUAUUUUAUGUGAUACAAUCGUUUUUCUCUUGAGUAUAUAUAAAUAUUGAUUUUUACAUGUUUUACCAGUAAAAUAACAGAAAUUAUUAUUAACCACCAUCCACUGUAGUGAAGACUAUAUACAUAAUGUUUAUAAUAUUCACAUAUGAUGAUAAAGCUAUAAGUCCUGUAUUGAUUUUAUAUUGAUCUAUCAAAAUGGUAUUUUCUAGUUACUGUAUUCAAAGCUAUAGAUUUUCUGUUUAGCUGCAGGUCAAGUGAUGGAUAGAACAAGUGGUUGUUUUUGUACAGCUUUGUUGAUGUCAUUUAGUUGUUGAUAUAACUACAUAAUUGAUAACAUUUUUUCAAGAAAUUGUACCAGAUAAUUGCAGAAAUCAGUAGAAUUGCGUUGAGUAGCCCUUUCAAAACGAUGAGUAGCCUUGUUGUCAAGCAUAGCGUCAUUAGAAUAUGACAUUGAAGAUUAAACUACUAAAUCUUGCAAUUUGUUGAUGCAGUACUAUUUUUACCUUUAAACCACAAAGUGUAAAAAAUUAAGAAAUUAAUGCUUUUCUUGUUGAAUACCAUGAUACAUAUUUCCUCAGUAUAUGACAGAAUAUUGAAAUAUUCUCACUUGUGCUUAAAUAUCUGUAUUAAUAUUCUGCGAAACUUAUGUAAGAUAUAUGGUAUUGAACAGGAAACAAUUAUAUGUCCUUUACAUAUAGUGGUUCCUCAUCAAGUAGACUUUUUAUUAUGUUUAUCUGACUGAACUUAGUUCAUUCUCUUAUUCAAAAAGAAAACAAGCUCUGUCAAGGUUUUCUUUUUAAAAUUUGUUGUCCUCAGCUCAUUCUCUAGGGUGACCCAAAAUAGGAAGUAUUUUGGAACUUUAUAUAUUAUAUAUUCACAUCUUUGUUUUAUCGUUUUGAGUUUGGUUCUAGUACUUCUAUAUUACACGAUAUAAUAACUAUAAAUAUUUGUCAUUAUUUUGGAAAUUCUUUAUUGCAGUUAGAGUUUGCAAUAGCCCUUUCACUGAAUGAGAGUGAAUUAAGAAUUGUCACAAAAUUGAUUGUAUGGUAUUCAUUUCUGGAACGUUUUAACAAAAGGAGCAUAGUAGCAUUUGAUGUUGUCAGGUCAUUUCUUGUUUUGAAUUUUGAUUACUCUAAUGGCUGGACUAGUGAAUUCCAUUUAGGAAUCCAUCAGCUGGCCAUGGGGUACGCAGACCUUCACUGUACAUCCACUAGCGGACGCUGGAUCUCAUUUUUCCUUGUAAUAGUAACAAAUGUUAAUUGUACAUAGAUAAGAAUCAAGUUCUCUAAUCUUAAAAUGGAUGUGUGAAUGCCCAUGCAGGCUUUACUUAUGACUUACAUUUGUCUAGCUGCUCUCAUCAUGGCUUCUCUAGGGGUGUUCACAAACAGAGCCUAGUCGCUUCUCUGGAGACAUUUUCAGAGUCUAGCUGCACACUUCUCUGGGCUGUGUAGGUGCUUCUCUGAAGACAUUUUCAGAGUCUAGCUGCUUCUCUGGGAUGCGGCUUCUCUUGUAUCACAGGAGUCUAGCUGCUCUCAUCGUGGCUUCUCUAGGGGUGUUCACAACCAGAGUCUAGUCGCUUCUCUGGAGACAUUUUUAGAGUCUAGCUGCUUCUCUCAAUACCCCCGGAGUCUAGCUUGUUCAAAAAAUAAUAGUAUAAAUAUAUGGUAGUAAAAUUGUUGGAGUGAGUAGCCCCUGAUGCGCCAAAUGUAUUACUGUAUGUAAAUAUGUUGCUAACAAGAGUACUAAACAGGUUAACUGUU